AAGACGCAAGACUACAGAAUUUUGGAUGGUUAAGAUCACUGGUAACGUAUUUAAUAAUUUUUCUUUAUUCAAUUUGAGCUAGAUUCCAUGUUAUAUACUUUUUUUUGUGCAUAAUGUCAACAACGGAUGCACACAUAGGAUUAAGCGUGAGGGGGCUAUGGAACGGCCUAACGGUAGAAGGAUCGUGCUCAGGUUCAACAACAAAAAGCAGCCAAUUGGAGACGAAGCUGGACUAUUGAGUAGGGUGCUUGGUCUGCUGGGAUCUAACUAUGAAAAAUUUUCUAUCGGUAAGGAAAGUUGGCAUAAAAUUACCACUAAAGACAAGGUUUAUAACGAAUGUGUCAAGCAAAAUUUUCACUUUGAUGAAGAUAGUGAAGGAACUAUCAAGAAAUAUAUUUUGAAAAGUAUGGGAAGGUCUUGGAAGGAAACAAGGCUGAGGUUGUAUAAUGCCUUUUACGAACCAACAUUCACAUUUGAGCAAAAUAUUGAGCACCGUCCGCCGGAAAUUGAUCGAGAGCAUUGGAGAAAGUUCCUGGAAUAUCGCACCAAAGUUGAGACGAAGAGAAGUGCAGGAAAAAUGCGAUUAAUCGAUCAAAACAAUUAUAUACUCACACUGGCGGUUCGAAAAGCUUCGCACGGCGGAUGGAAGAAGAGUCUGAACAACAAGGAAGGAGAGUCGGUAGAGGAGAGUUAUAGAUCACAGUGCACAAAAAAAUGAUGGCUCCUAUAUCAUUGAUGAAGCAAGAGCAAUUGGUAAAAGAAUUGAGGAGAUUGAGCAAUAGGAUGAGUCUUCUAGAGUGUUGUCUCAAAAUGAUUCUAUUGCUCAGGUUUUCGGAAAAGAGAAAUCGGGUAGAGUACGUGUUGUGGGUUUCGGUCCGACUCCUACUCAACUCUUCGGUUCGAAUUCACAUGCGACAGGCAACGGAGUCGAAGUAGAGGAGACUCAGAGGAUGC